CUGAGUGGUCUUGUCGUCCCACCCUGAGCUCUCUGAGCGAGUGUGAGUCGUUCAGAGAGGGAGGGAGAGAGAGAGCGCAGUGCGGGACUGAGGGUCCGGCGUAAGACGGCUCUGAACAGCGACUCCAGGCUGGGUCGAUGCUGUGCUGGUGAGGAUGAACGGGGUGUCGGCCGCCUGCGUGCUGCCCCGUCCGGAGCGCUGUCUGAAGCCGGACGGCGACGGCGCGGCGGGAGAGUGUCCGUGGGUGUGUGUGUCUGAAGUGGACGGCUGUGUUAGCUGUAUGUGGCUCCAGCUGCUGACUGCGGCACACUGGAGGUUGGAGGGGGGGUUCCACUGGAACACACUGAGGGACCCUUCCCAGAGGAGCUGUGACCAGUCGCGGGCGAAGCAGAAGGAUGGCUGCGAUCAGACUGAGAGCUGUCCCAUCUCUCCGGGCACCGAGGAGCCGUUCUCCUGGCCGGGACCCAAAACUCUCCACCUGCGAAGGACCUCACAGGGCUUUGGCUUCACCCUGCGACACUUCAUCGUCUACCCACCUGAGUCCGCUGUCCACUACUCACUCAAGGAUGAAGACAAUGGCAGUCAAGGGAAGCAGCGGAACAGGCUGGAGCCAAUGGACACCAUCUUUGUGAAGCAGGUGAAGGAGGGAGGCCCCGCCCAUGGAGCUGGACUCUGCACAGGGGACCGCAUAGUGAAAGUAAAUGGAGAAAGCAUAAUUGGAAAGACGUAUUCCCAAGUGAUCGCCUUGAUACAGAACAGUGACGCGUGUCUGGAGCUCUGUGUGAUGCCAAAAGAUGAAGACAUUUUACAGCUGUUCUCCAGGGACAUCACUGCUCUGGCCUAUUCCCAAGAUGCAUACCUCAAAGGAAACAAAGCGUACAGUGGAAAUGCUCAGAACAUCCCAGAGCCUCCUCCCAUCUGCUACCCACGGAUAGAGGCUAAAUGCUCGGGGAUGUUUCAGGCUCUGGCCUCAGAGCCACCAGCCCACUCCGAGGCCUUGCGAGGGGCCGGCCGGCGCUCUAAUCCUGAGCUGAACUACAGAGUGGAGAUCCCCGUUUCCCCUUCACCUCCACCUCCCUCACAGGUCCCCAAGACCCAGACUGUGGUGUGCGUGUACAGCGAGGGCCCAAGCACAGCUGUGGAAGCGGUCGAGCCCCCAGCUCAGUCCACCCCCAGCCACAGAACAGAGGAGGACAGGUACGCCCUCAUCGCCACUGCCACGGCCGAAUCCGCUCUAGAACGUCCAAGAGCCCACACCAGUGCCUCCUCUUCGUCCGCUGGAGGAGCACAGUUACACUACACCCCCGCCCGACUGUCGGAACCUGCAGGGUUCUCCAACUCUGUGCCUGUACUCAGCCAGUCCGUCAGACCCGCAGCGACCACAGCUCCUGCUUCCAGCCCGUACAACUCCUCUCCUCCCUCAGCCACCACUUCACCCUGCUCCCCUCACCAGAACAUCGACUGGAGGAACUACACCACCUAUAAGGAGUACAUCGACAACAAGCGCCUCUACAUGUACGGCUCCCGGACCAUCCAGGAGCGCCUGGACAGCCUCCGGGCAGCUGCGGGCGAGUACAGCAAACAGCAGGCGAGUCCUGAACCGGACAAAAACGUCAUCGGAGCCCACAUUCGGAGGAGGAGCGCGUCUCACGAGCGGAGUCACACCAGUUCUAGGGUGCCCCCGCCCCUGCGCAGCGUGUCUCAGGAGAAGCUGGGUGGACUGGAGCGGGCGGUCGGGUCACGGGACUGGCCACGUAGCGCAUCGCAGGACGCCCUGCCUUCAGCACCGGUGGGCGUGAACAAGCAGCGAGCGCGGUCCUGCGACUACCUCAGCAGGCAUGGCGAGAGUGGUGCAGAGAGGCAGCUGCUGGACAGACGGACGUACGGCCGGACAGAGACGGACGACAGGACACUGGUUUGCACAGGAGAGAAGGAGGUCAGGGGCUGCAGGCAGUCCAGCUCGGUACGCACAGUGUCCCAGCCACACAGGACCAUGGGCGGGUACAGCGGCAGUUACCCAGGGCUCUCCGUCACACCUCUCCUAAACAAAGUGCUGAGCUCCAGGGCAGAGAGUCUGGGAAACACUGCUGCUCCAAAGCCAUCUCAGCUCACCGGUCAGUCCUCUGUAGCUCCAGAUACCUCGGCCACAUCCUACGUAGCCUCUGCUCUCGCCUCCUUAUACGCCAGCAGCACUAGCUCAUCUGCAGAGCCCUCUAAAGACCAAAGAGCCACUCCAGUGCCUAACCACCUGGCCUCCGGCCCCCGGCGUCCAGAUCUCUCCAGGGCAAGGACAGAGAGCCUGCAAGAGUCCGAUGGAGAUUUGGGGCUCGGAGUCAUAUCCGAAAAAGCUCAGAGGACGCAGCAGCUUGGAGAUUUGCCGGUUUGCCACAGCUUUGAUGCUUCGCUGUUGCAGCGGCCGGUGAUCCGGAGGCCACACCCCAGGGGCAUCGGAAGGGAAGGGGAAGGAAUUGAGGGUGCUGAGGCCACGGUGGUGGUAUUGAGGAGGGAAAAAUCGGGCCCUCCUCCUCUCCGACACCCGUCCUACAUCCAGGCCGUUAGCGAGGGAGAGCAUGCCACAGCGACCCCCACCUUCUGGCUACCCAACGACGCCCGCAGAGACAUGCACAUACGGCUAGGGGAGCAGCACAAGACCUUGGGGUCAGCAGACCUGGACGAUUCCCUGGACUCCAUCCCCUUCAUUGAUGAACCGUCCAGUCCCAGUGUUGACCAUGACAACACACACAUUCCUGCGUCUGCUGUCAUCUCCAGCACUCCGGUCAUCACCACCAUCCCCCCCAGCCCCACAUCACCAUCCGCUGUUAUCCGCCGCCAGCUCUCCCACGACCAAGACUCCUUACGUCUCACGAUUCUUGAGUCAGAUUCUGGUACUAAAACGGAGAGGUCCAAGUCCUACGAUGAGGGUUUGGAUAACUUCCGGGAAGAAGGACGCGGGAGAUCGUUGAAGCACCUCCCAGGUCUGAGAGGACUAAGGAAGGCUGUGGAUAGAUCCUCCGAAGACUCCGGCUCCAGGAGAGACUCUUCAUCAGACAUCUUUAGUGACGCUACAAAGGAGGGACUACUGCACUUCCGCCAGCUCAACUCAGAUAAGAGCAAGCGUGUGGGGAGUGGCAUGCGGCCGUGGAAGCAGAUGUACGCCGUGCUCCGGGGCCACUCGCUUUGUUUAUUUAAGGAUAAGAAGGAGGCUCAAGCCCAUGCCAGCUCGCAGGCUGAGGACGAGCCCCUGCCGAUCAGCAUCAAAGCCUGCCUGAUAGACAUCUCCUAUAGCGAGACGAAGCGCAAGAACGUCCUGCGGCUGACCACGUCGGACUGCGAGUACCUGUUCCAGGCGGAGGACAGGGAGGACAUGCUGUCCUGGAUCAGAGCCAUCCAGGAGAACAGCAACCUGGACGAGGAGAAUGCACUGGUUACGAGUACAGACCUCAUCAAUCGCAAAAUAAAGGAGUACAACACUCUCAUGAGUCCACCCAGCAGUAAGACGGAGCCGUCUCCGAAGGCCUCUCGGCAGUCUCUGAGUAUCAGACACACUCUACUUGGGGGAAAAGGAGAGGGUAAAACCCAGAGCCCCCACUCGCCCAACAAAGAGCACGAUAGGAAAGCCAUACACAAAGAUGACUCAAGCCCACCCAAGGACAAGGGGACGUGGAGAAAAGGAAUCCCUGGACUGAUGAGGAAGCCUUUUGAGAAGAAGGCCUCUCCGGGUGUGACGUUUGGAGUGAGGCUGGACGACUGCCCUCCUGCUCAUACCAACAGGUUUGUGCCUUUGAUCGUGGAGGUUUGCUGUAAGCUAGUGGAGGAGAGGGGGCUGGAGUAUACGGGCAUUUACAGAGUGCCCGGUAACAACGCAGCCAUUUCCAGCAUGCAGGAGGAGCUGAACAAGGGUGUGGGAGACAUUGAUAUCCAGGAGGACAAAUGGAAGGACCUGAAUGUGAUCAGCAGUUUACUGAAGUCCUUCUUCCGGAAGCUUCCUGAGCCUCUCUUCACUAACGAGAAGUAUACAGACUUCAUUGAGGGCAACAGAACAGAGGAUCCAGUGGAAAGACUGAAAGUACUGAAGAGGCUGCUUCACGAGUUGCCAGAUCACCACUAUGAGACCCUCAAAUUCCUCUCAGCACAUCUUAAAACAGUGGCUGAAAACUCGGAGAAAAACAAGAUGGAGCCGCGGAACCUGGCCAUCGUGUUUGGACCCACGCUGGUGCGGACGUCUGAUGACAACAUGACCCACAUGGUCACACACAUGCCUGACCAGUACAAGAUAGUAGAGACCCUCAUUCAGCACUAUGACUGGUUCUUCACUGAAGAGGGUGAUGAGGAGCCAGUGACCACAGUUCAGCAGGACAGUGCAGUGGAGACUCAGCCUGUGCCCAACAUUGACCACCUGCUGACCAACAUCGGCCGCACAGGCACAUCUCCAGGGGAAGUGUCAGAUUCACCCACUAGUGAUUCAGCUAAAUCUAAGGGCUCCUGGGGGUCGGGGAGGGAUCAGUGCAGCCGCGAGCUGGUCUCCUCAAUCUUUGCUGCGGCCAAUCGCAAACGAAGGAAGCACAAGGAGAAGCUGCAGCCUAGCAGCUCUGACGAUGACCUGGAUGGAGUCUUUCCUAAGAAAGAACUUGCUGUCCAAGGGCAAGAGGAGGCCGAAGGGGACGCAAGCCCUGUACCAGCUGUAGAGCCGUAUCAUGGAAAAGAAGAUGCCACGACGACGCCCAAGAGCCGAAAAGAACACAGGAACUCCUUCUUCAUGAGAGACAAGCCUUCAGCCUCUCCAAGACACUCAGUCUCACCCAAGCCUGGCUGCCGGACUGCGGCGCAUCCUAAAAGCUCCCUGUCCGAUCCCCCUUCUCAGAUGGAUGAGGCUACCUCAGACUUGGGUACCAUGAGUUCUGGAGCUUCCGUUCCCAGAAGCAGGCCCAGGAGGUGGGGUACAGCAACCCCGUCUGCCAUGGAGCUUUCUCCAGCAGGGCCUACUGGAGCCUCAGCCACUGCCGAAGUGAGCUCCAUCACAUCAGACUAUUCCACCACCUCCUCCAACACCUUCCUGACGGGGGCGGAGUCGAGCGCGCUGAGCCCGGAGGUGCAGUCAAUGACUGAGAGUCGCGCCGGAGACGAGGCCGACGAUGAACGAAGUGAGCUGGUCAGUGAGGGACGACCGAUGGAAACAGACAGCGAGAGUGACUUCCCCGUUUUCACCAGUGGGGGCGCAGUAACCCCUGCUGUGGACUGCUGUGGACACAAAACUGAGCCUUCUGCAGCUACGGAAAAAGCAGAAAGCCGCCGCCUUCUGCCUUCCCAUAGGCUGAUUGAGUGCGACUCGCUGUCCAGGAGGCGGUCAGUGAGGCAAAAGACAGACAGUGAGUCCUCAGUGGAGGGAGCUGGAGCUGGAGUUGGAACUGGAACUGGGAGCCGGAGUGAACCGAACCGCCUGUCCCGUGUCCUUGAGGCCAUGAAGAAAGGCCGUUCUACUGGAAGCUUGAGCUCGUCCUCGUCUCGCAGCGAAUCGGAUCGCCACGAGCCAUCCAGGCGACUCAGAAUCACAGAGAGGCUGAAGUCCCGCCUCCGCUUGUCCGCUGAUGAUAUGUUCGGAAUAGGAGAGCGGAAGAGCCGCACGUCUGACGACUCAAAAAAGAAAAGUAUCCGCCGGCGCCACACCAUGGGCGGGCAGAGGGAUUUCGGGGAGCUGGCAGUUAUUAACGACUGGCGUGAGCAGGGUGGGGGCGAUCAGGGGGCUGAACUACCUGCUGCUGAUCAGCUCAAACCCCAAGAAAUCUCAAUCCGGGACUGGAUAGCCCGCGAGCGCUGGAAGGGUGGGGGUUCCCGGGGUAGCAAAGAAACAGACAGGCUAGUGGUGUCAGAGGUUAAGUCUGGGGCUGGUGAGGAGCCAAAUCACUCAGUUUCUACUCCACUUCACUUAGUUUCUACCCCUAGUCAUCCUGUUUCAACCCCAAACCCCCAGUCGAGCACGGAGCAGGUGAAUGGGGGCGGACCGCAGGCCAAAGGCAAAACCAGCCUCAACCUGGGCUCUGAUACACACCCACACAAACUAUCCGGGGCACAAGUCGUCCGCUCCCGAUUCUACCAGUGUCUAUGAAACGACAACAGUCGUCUGUCUGUCAGGGCUCAUAAGAAGAAUAACUGGAGUAAAAUGUAUCAAGCUCACUUUAACAGACUGGAAUAGACGCCGUAGCCGAGCUCUUCUCUCGAAACCCCAGUAAAUAUGAAGUUGCUCCAGCUUUAGGAGACUAUAUGAAUGAUGUCGUUUACCUUCGCUUUCUUGACCGACAAGAGAAGCAUCUCUCCUGUCUUGGACGCUAGAGCAUCUGAGUGACCGUUACUGAAGAACACUAACCUUAAUAGGAAUGACAGACGAAAUAAACCUGUUCCUGUUACUCAUAUGAAGAAUGUAUAUGCUUGCUGUGCUGUCGUACUAACAAACAGGUAGUUGCUUGUUACUGAAACCUAAGUGUACAUAUUUUUUCAGUACUUGAGAUGUUAUUGUUUUUUUUUUUAUAUGAUUAUUCUGAAGUCAAGUCCGUGCCUGGGCUUUUUUCUGUGCUGUGUGCUGUGGGAAGCUUUUUUUUUUACAGUGCGCCGGAGCAGCCAGACGUUAAAAUGGACAAAGCGAGAAUGAAGUUGUUUUAUAUUUCUAUAGGACUUUGGGUAGCAGGUGCUUUAAGCACCGCCGCUCGGUCCUUUAUACCGGUACCACACCAACUGUCACCAACCUUCUGCAUAACUGGAGGGCAGGCGUGGCGGGACGAGCCGUCGGAUCACGCAGAGCCAUGUUCGCUUACAAAGAAGUGCCUCGUUCAGCUGAUCUCGGGAACAGGAAAGGGUGCCAUUAUUUUCUUGCUGUCCGUUACUGAUAUGGAAGAAAGUCGUGAAGGACCGAAGACUCCGUUGGAAAUAAUUCUACAUUUUUAUACAAAACGAUGCAUCCCACAAACAGUGCUUCCACUACUUAAGCCUUCCAGUCGUCUUACGGGCUCCCACUGGUCCACUAUGUAUUAUUUUUACACUCACUUUGGAGUUUUAUUUAGGUGGUAAAUUAACUGUAUAUGUAUAUAUAUAUGUUUUUUUUUUUGUUUGUUUUUGUUUAUUUUUUCUGUUCCCUUGGUCCAGAGUUGAAUGCGACCAGUGCAGAGACCUGUGGGAGGUUGGCGAGGCUGGGACAGUGUGCAUGACGUCGUGCUUCUGUAAGCAAGUUCCAUCUUGCCUGUAUGACCACCAAAUGCAUCGCAAAAAGGAAGAAAAGAACACUGGAAAUAAAUCGUCUUUUUACGA